AUGCUUUUUCGUUCAUUUAUUAUUGCAACUUUAGCUAGUCUUUCAAUAGCGGUUCCAACACCACGCCAACAAGAUCUUGUUGAUCAACACUUCAAGAACAAAGUACAAGAGCAAAAUCACUUGGAAAGUCGAGACGACUGUACUAUUUACGAACCUUACUGGACAGGCGUUGAAUGGACACAGUUCGACGAAUUUGAUCCAGCCUUGGCUGAAAUUUUCAGAUACCGUCAGCAACAAUCAGUCAAUUUAGGUUCAUGGUUUCUCGCUGAAAAGUGGAUGGUACCCUCCUUAUUCAGAUGUGCAGCUGGUCUGCAAGCAUCUGAAUUAGACAUUGCUAGAGGUUGGAAUGGAAUGCAAAAUGCUCGCCAGAUACUCGAAAGACAUUGGGAUACGUUUAUUACCGAAGAUGACUUUAGAUGGUUGUCUGAAAUUGGUAUUAAUACCGUUAGAAUUCCCAUCGGAUACUGGGGUGUCAGCAAUCAAUUCCUUUGGGGUACAGACUUUGACGGACUCGGAGAAGUUUAUGGUGGACAAUGGGCAAGAAUCAGAAGAGCUGUUCAUUGGGCUUCUAUCUAUAACAUUGGUGUACUCAUCGAUCUUCACGGUGCACCAGGAUCCGCAAACGGUCAACACAUUUCCGGUACCUCAAGUGACAGAGUCGGUUUAUUCGUAGAUGAAUUCAAUCUGCAAAAAACUCAAGAUGUUUUGGUAUAUUUAACAGAGCAAUUCACCUGGGUUAAUAACAUUGUCGGUAUUCAGAUUCUCAACGAACCUGAAUACGGCACAGACUGGCUUGAAGCAUAUUAUGAUAGAUGGUUGGGUGCGAUGAGAGCAGUGCCGGGUGCUGAAGACCUGCCUCUCUACAUUCACGAUGCAUUCGAUCUCGGCAGAUACGCUGGCUACAUCGCAGGAAGAAGUGACUUCGUAGUAGAGGACCACCACUCUUACUUUGUUUACACGGACGAAGACGCCAACACUCCUGCAUGGUUACACGCACAGCACGUCUUAGGACCUGUUCGAUUGGGCUUGGAAAAGGAAUCUACUGUCGCCAGACGCAACUUGAUUAUUGGUGAAUGGUCUUGUGCGCUUACUGCUGCUUCGCUGGCCAAUGCAGAGGAUCCUGCCAACUCUCGCUGGUGGUUCUGUUCAAACGAAGAAUCAGUCUAUAGAAAUGUCAGCGCUGGUUGGCACUUCUGGUCUUACAGGACUGAGGACUGUGACGUGAAUCCUAACUGGUGUUUCCUCAGAUCAGUUGGUAACGCCUUACCUGCAACUUUCUCUGCAUUCGGGCCUGACAGACCACCACACAUCAAUCAACAAGAAACAGAAUCCAUCGAAUCAUUGCAACUGCCUUACAUCGACUCUAUUCUCGGAGACUUGUCAGGAGCAUUUACCUCUUGGUUCGGUUUAGGUGCAGCUCCACCUGGUGUUUACCGUCGUGACAGACCCGAGAAUCACGGAAAUGGAUACGGUCACGAUGAUGGCGACCACUUCGAUGCAUGGUACAAACACAACGGAGGUGUAUGGCAGACUGAAGAGACUCAAUUUGAAGACUACAAUGCGACAAAGUCAUCUGAUGAAGUUGAUAGUGAAAAUGCACGCCAAGCAAUCAAUAACGGUGCCUCACAAGUAAAGCCAAUGUUGAACAACUUGCUCGAUCCAAGUUCAUUUAUCGCAUCGCUUCAGUCAGCAACGGCAAAUCCAUAUUCCGCAACAAGCUACGAUCCAGCUACCAUGUCCGAAGCCGCUGCUAGAGUUAGAGGAUACAGUGACGGAUUCGGCUUAGCGAGGAAGUUUGCAGCAUUCAACUUGUCGAAGGUUGGAUUUACUGGGCAAUGGAUCAAUACAAACGUCGGUCGUUUACUUGAGAAUGACGAUUUGAUGCAAGAGAACAUUCAAACAUACGCUGAUCACUUUGGACGUGGUCUGCAGGACGCUGAGUCGAGAUUAUUUUCAGAUAUUCUGUUCACGAAGAAGGGGUUGCUGCUGGCCAGUGUUGGAGUUAUCGCGCUCGAGGUACUCCUCACGCAUUUCAUCAUUCAAUUUGUGCCGUAUACUGAGAUUGAUUGGAAGGCGUACAUGCAACAGGCGAAAAUGUUCAAAGAGGGCAAAAUCACUCAAUACGACCAAAUUGAAGGCGAUACUGGUCCACUAGUAUAUCCAGCACUACAUCUCUACGCCUACACGGCACUGUCUCAUGUCACGAAUGCUGGUACUAAUAUCAAGUAUGCGCAGGCAAUAUUCCAAGGUAUCUAUAUCUUCACAAUGACGAUAGUAAUAGCCAUCUACAACAAGACUGAAGCAGUACCCCCUUACAUUCUACCACUGCUAGCCUUGUCGAAACGCUUACACAGCAUAUACGUUCUCAGGCUGUUCAACGAUUGCGUAGGGAUAGGCAUAUUCUACGUCUCUCUGUUGGAUUUGAUGAAGAGGCGGCAUUUCCGAUCAGCCGUGCUCUUCUCCUUGGCAGUCGGUGUGAAGAUGAAUGUUCUGCUCUUCUUACCUGCGUAUGCUGUCGUAUACGUUCUACAAGGGGGAUUAUACGAAAGCGUAAAGCUUGGUGUGAGUAUGAUUUCAAUACAAAUCCUAAUAGCACGGCCGUUCCUGCGAACCGAUGGCAUAGCUUACUUGAGUCGGGCAUUUAAUCUCUCGCGACAAUUCUUGUUCAAGUGGACAGUCAAUUGGAGGUUUAUUGGUGAAGAUGUAUUCCUCAGUAGGGAGUUCUCAAAUGCUUUGCUAGCCAUACACAUCACACUCCUAGCUUUGUUUGCUUGGUUCAAGUGGCUGCCGAGGGAUGAUGCCGGCUCGUUUGACAUCGUUCGACACACAUUCAAGCACCCCUCGAGACGACCACUAUCAAGUCCCUUGUCAGCGAAAGAGAUAGCGCGGAUUGUCUUUACGUGCAAUUUGAUUGGUGUUGUUUGUGCGAGGUCAUUGCACUACCAAUUCUAUUCAUGGUACGCACACCAGAUACCUUUCUUAUCAUACACGACACGCUACCCAUUGAUAAUCAAGAUCGCACUGUGCGUUGCAAUUGAGUAUGCGUGGAAUGUGUUUCCGUCUACCGACCUCAGCAGCGGAGUUCUGCUAGCUGCUAACUCUCUAUUACUGCUCGGACAAGCAUAUGCAUGA